GACAGCAAACAUGUCCGCGCUCAUUUGAAAAGCUGCCGUAGCCAAAUUCACAGUUUUGGCUCCAGAAACAAGCAGUUUUUAUGUUGGAACGGGUGGCGACGUUGUACUCAAGCAAGAUUCAUAGGAAGGAAAGACAAGGACUCCGCGACAAGAGCCAGACUAUUCCUUAUUAGCAGAAAUAAUGCUGAUAUCUGGAACUCAUGUCGGAAGUCGUGUAUGAAGAGACAGCCACGAUGAUCGCCGCAGGGGAAUUGCAGUCGUUUGUCCCGUUCGGCCGCGAACACUGCAGGAACCAUCCAAAUGCCUUCAACCUGCAGCUCAGAGAGCUCCAGCCCGCCUCCGAGCUCUGGUCGUCAGACGGUGCCGCUGGCCUGGUGGGGUCCCUGCAGGAAGUCAGUCUGCAGGAGAGGGAGAGGGAAUGCUGGCAGCUUAGAAAGGGCUGCAUGGGAGUCAAAGAAGAGGAUAUGGAGUUUGAAGAAGAACUCUAUGCAGCAGGAAAUGUGGUUGUCUGGAGCCAGGGCAGCAGGACACAAGCCUCCAGUGUAUAUAAGGCCUUCACCGUCGACAGCCCAGUGCAGCAGGCUUUAUGGUGUAACUUUGCUGUGCCUCACAACAAGAAAGACGAGGAAGAAUUGGAGCACACAGUCUGUAUUGUUCAAAGUAGCUGCGUGAACGUUCACACAGUAACCGGGAAGGAUUUCAUCUCACCGCUACCCUUUCAGGUUUCAGAUGUCUGGGCGACCAAGUUUGGACUUCUAUUGGAACGGAAAAAUACAGCAAACGACGCACAACUCAGCCCUCCUGGGGAACCUUUGCCCACAGUGUUCAGCAUGCUGCAUCCACUUGAUGAGAUCGCACCAGUAGUGUGUAAACCUGCAGGCCUGUUUGACGGCUCCCGUGUGCAGUACGUGUCGGACUUCACCAUGAAGAUUGUGUUCACCUGCUGCCAGCCCUCUAUACUUAUAUCAUAUGACACAGUGCAGGGGACACACUCUGUCUGGGCCCUACGCAAAGUCACACAUGAUGAACGUUCUACAGUCCUGCGGUGUCCUGCAGAGCCAGUAGGCACGCCGUUGGGUCUGAUGGCUUCUGGCUUCCUUACCUCUCAUUUGCGUAACAUCUCCCGUCUUGACUCCCCUGGUGGCAGUGGGGCUCCUGGUCCUGGAACUGGAACAAGUUGUGCUGUUGGUCCCAGCUCUCCUCUCCACUACAGCGCUCUCCACAGUCAUCAGAGCAGGAUCAUGACGUCCUCACCAGGAUUACACUCUCGAGUUCAUUCGCCAAGUAUAUCCAACAUGGCCGCCCUCAGUCGUGCCCACUCUCCAGGCAUGGCAGCUCCGUCCUUUUCAGGGGCGGCUCGUUUCAACACGUCUUUCCACAGCCCAUCAUCCAGAGGACACCACGGCUUGUUGCUGUCCCCUAACAGCACCGUCAACGAGACGACGCUGGUGCCGGAGAUGGAGCCCAUCAUGCCCGACCUGUGCAUUGAGCAGCUGUGGAGCGAGACGGUGACCGCCGGCUGUCACAGGGAGAUGAGCAGUCAGGCUUCUAAAGUUUUCCUAACCUCCGACCUCUGUGAGAACCACUACCUCUGUUUCCUGGUGGAGUCUCACCAACAGCUCAGAUGUGUGAAGUUGGUUGAGAGCAAUGAUACGUCUCAGCUCAUCUUCCCUUCUGUCACAACCAUUCCCGCCAAAGAUGCAGAACCUCUGCAGAACAUAGAUGCCAUGCUGGUUCUGGAAGCCUGUGGCAGUUUGGUUCUUUACACAGGAAUCACCAGGGUCAGUAAAGUGUUUGUUCCCGGCCUCCUGUCGCCCACCUUCAGUCUGACCAAUCACCUGCCUCACCUCAGCAAGCCGGUGGACAACAUCAGCACACCGACUAACGCUGGCAGCAGGCACCUCCAAAGACUAGAUGAGGACGUCAUGCCUUCACCAGUGUCAGAGCUGAGGGGUCCAAACAUUAAACAUCAUGAAGCUUCAUUUUUGGAAGAUUACGCCUUUCAACAAGCCACGCCUUAUAUUCAUGCUCUACGAGAUCCUGUCUGCAACCGGGUCACUCUGGAGCUAAGCAGCGGCACAAUGCUGAGGAUCUCUGUUCCUGAGAUCGCCACGUCAGAGCUGGUGAGGAAGUGCCUUCAGGCGAUUCGUUUCAUCCUGCCCAAGGAAGCUGCCAUGAAGGUUUUGGUGAAGUGGUAUAACAUCUACAAUGCGCCUGGUGGUCCCAGUGCUCACGCAGAGUGGAACCUGUUCGUCACCUGCUUCAUGACGCUGAUGGGCUACAACACUGAGCGCCUGAACUGGACACAGAAUCUGCAUUUUGAAGUGCCUCUCUCUCCCGUGAUUGCGGCCAAGAAGGCUCGUCCCUCAGACGGAGGCUCUGAUGAGGACUGGGACUACUUGUUGGGGUGUCAUUACCAGCGUCAGAUGAAUUCCCAGCCUGUUUGUGGUCCAGCAGACUCCAACAGUAAUACUCUCACCUCAGAAACUGAAGGCCUAUCCUCCGCGUCUUCUCCCUCCAGUCCAUCUCUGAAGUUAGACAGCUCGGCUCCUCUCUUCCCUCACAUUCCUGCCCUCUUCUACGUUCUCCAUCUGCUGUAUCAGGAGCUGCAGCUGGACGAGCUGCAGAGAGCGAGAGCCUCGUCACUGGUCUGUCUGCUGCAACAGCUGGCCAGAGACCUCCAGCUGGAAGACUAUGUGGAUCUGUACUGGAGAGACUACCCUUCUUUAAUGAGUGGCUUCACUGAGAGCUGCCUCAUUGACCAGGCCCUGAUUGGUCAAGUGCAGUGUCCGUCCUUCCUGAGGGCGGAGCCUCCCUGUGUGCUCAGCUGGCUCAGCAGCUGCCUUAGAGGGGAGGAGAACCAGCCUUUCCCCUACCUGCCCGGCAUCUGUCAAAGGACCAGGCUGCUGGUUCUGAGUUAUGCUCUUUACAUCCUCGGAGAUGAAAAUGCGACUUCGUCAGAUGUAUCAAAGUACCUGGUCAAGCUCUCUGCAGGCCAGAAGUCUAGUGCCAAUGAACUGCAUUUCAGAAGACAGAGCAGUGUGAAGGUGAAAUUUUCCAACGAGAGUCUGUCUGAGCAGCUGGUGGUCUGGCUGACCUCACAAGGUUUCACCCUGAAGGACUUGGAGUCGGUCCCCUUUGGUGUGGCAUUGCCGAUUAGAGAGGCCAUCUAUCGGUGCCGGGAGCAGCCGUGUUCUGAUUGGUCAGAGGAGGUCUGUCUGCUGAUUGGCCGACAGGAUCUGACCAGACAAGCCCACAAGAUGACCCUGGCCAAGGCGUCCGUACUCUCAGGUCUGUCUCUGGAGCCUCCUCCAACCACAGAAGCAGAUGAGGAGGAAGAUGGGAUGUCAGACAUAAUUCAAGAGGUCACAGGACUGAUCUGGAGUCAGGAUCUGAGGGUUCAGGAGGUCAGGAGGCUGCUGCAGAGCUCCAGGCCUGUUCGGGUCAGUGUGGUACAGCUCCCAGAGGUUUCUGACCACGAAUACAUCGAGGAGAAAGAGAAUAAACUCCUUCAGUUGUGUCAGAGGACCAUGGCUCUCCCGGUCGGCAGGGGCCUCUUCACUCUCUUCUCCUAUCACCCUGUCCCGACUGAACCUUUACCUGUCCCCAAACUCAACCUCACAGGUCGCGCCCCUCCCAGGAACACUAUGGUGGAUCUGAACAGCGGGAACAUUGAUGUUCCUCCCAACAUGACCAGUUGGCCCAGUUUCCAUAAUGGAGUAGCUGCUGGACUUAAAAUAGCCCCUGCUUCGAAGGUGGACUCGGCCUGGAUCGCUUACAACAAGCCAAAAAGCCCAGAGCUGGCAAAUGAGUAUGCAGGCUUCCUUAUGGCCCUGGGGCUCAAUGGACACCUCACCAAGCUGGCCACGCUCAACAUACACGACUACCUCACCAAGGGCCAUGAGAUGACCAGUAUUGGGCUCCUACUGGGCGUGUCUUCAGCCAAACUGGGCACCAUGGACAUGUCGAUCACCCGCCUGCUUAGUAUCCACAUCCCCGCCCUGCUUCCUCCAACCUCCACUGAGCUGGACGUGCCGCACAAUGUUCAGGUUGCUGCUGUAAUUGGUAUCGGGUUGGUGUACCAGGGAACAGGACACAGACACAACGCUGAAGUCCUGCUGUCUGAAAUAGGGCGACCUCCUGGUCCGGAGAUGGAGUACUGUACCGACAGAGAGUCCUACUCGCUCGCUGCUGGCCUCGCCCUGGGCAUGGUCUGUCUGGGACAUGGCAGCAACCUGAUUGGGAUGACAGACCUGAAUGUGCCUGAGCAGUUGUAUCAGUACAUGAUUGGAGGCCACCGCAGAGCUCAGGCCGGCGCCAACCGGGAGAGACACAAAUCUCCCAGUUAUCAAAUCAAGGAGGGUGACACAAUAAAUGUAGACGUGACGUGUCCAGGAGCCACAUUAGCCCUCGCCAUGAUCUACCUCAAGACCAACAACAGGUCGAUCGCUGAUUGGCUGAAACCUCCAGACACUUGGUUCCUGCUGGACUUCAUUAAACCAGAGUUUCUGCUGCUGAGGACUCUUGCUCGGUGCAUCAUCAUGUGGGAUGAAAUCCUCCCUAAUACCGAGUGGGUCAAGAGUAACAUACCCCAGAUCAUGAGGGGCACAUUUGACCCUUCAGAAGACAUUAACAUGGAGACGAUGGCCCAAGCCCAGGACUACAUCACAGCCGGAGCCUGUAUGGCACUGGGCUUACGUUUCGCUGGCUCUGCCAACUCUGAUGCCUUCGACUGCCUCUACGAGUUUGCCAGGACCUUCAUGAAGAUCAUGUCUUUUGCUGGUACAGCUGCAGUGCAGACGGGUUAUUACAACCUGCAGACCGGUCUGUCGAUGAUUCUGCUGGCCAUGUCCAUGGUGAUGUCUGGCACUGGGAACCUGAAGGUCCUGCAGCUCUGUCGCUUCUUCCACAAGCGAACGGGUGGCGAGAUGAACUAUGGUUUCCACAUGGCUCAUCACAUGGCGCUGGGUCUGCUCUUCCUGGGAGGGGGAAGGUACACUCUGAGCACCUCCAACUCAGCCAUCGCGGCCCUGCUGUGUGCCCUGUACCCUCACUUCCCUGCUCAUAGCACAGACAACCGGUACCACCUCCAGGCCCUGCGACACCUGGCUGUUCUGGCUGCAGAGCCCCGUCUGCUGGUCCCAGUGGAUGUGGACUCCCUGAAACCCUGCUACGCCCUGUUGGAGGUCACUUACAAGGAGACCAAAUGGUACGACGAGACAACAGUAGAACUGAUGGCUCCUACGAUGCUUCCUGAGCUGCACCUUCUCAAACGGGUAAAGGUGAAGGGACCACGUUACUGGGAACUGUCCGUAGAUCUGAGCAAAGAAACGCAGCAUCUGAAGUCCAUCCUGUCCAGAGAUGGGGUGUUGUAUGUGAAGCUACGAGCCGGUCAGCUGCCUUACAAAGACGAUCCUCAGGGAUGGAAGAGCCUUCUGGCCACCAGCGUCAACCACUGCAACUCUGGAGUCAGGGCCUUCAAGCCCGAAGCCAUCUCUACCUUCACCUCAGAGCCUGCUCUCGUCUCCUUCGCCGAGUUCUUCUGUAAAACCUCUGAUGGGAUGAAACAUAGAGAGGACACUCUAGUGUUGUUCUCGGCGAUGCUGUAUGAAUGUGUGACGCAGGAGUGUCCGGAGAUGCUGCCCACGUAUAUCGCUAUCGAGCAGGCGGUAGGAUCUCUACGUCGAGGUGACCUCCUGCAGACCUUCCCUCUGUGGCAGCUUCGUCUGGUGGUGGAGUUGUGGGACAGCAGGAUGCUAAAGGAUCCCACUAACGCUCACGACACCCUGCUCACCUCCGAGUUUCUGCCUGUCAUGAAGAACACCGUGGACGUAGCGCUGGACAGCUGGCUCAAAGGCAACAGCUCAGCGUUGCAGUCCUACAUGAGGGGCGAGGUCCUCUCCAGGGACGCCCAGUCCGUCAUGUUGGCCUCCUUCCUGGUGUACCGCUCCAUCCCCUGCCUCAGGAACACACACACACAGCUGGAGGGCUGCAGCUCCCUCGGUGAUUUACUGUCCCGUAGCAGCCAGCUGGGCAUCCCUCUCAGAGACCUGCUGAGGCUGGCACCCGUCCUGCUGGGUUCUGCAUCGGGACCACAGACUCUGUAACACUUCCCCCUGCAAGCACUUUGAUCCCGACCCAGUCGUUGGGCUGGUAGCUUCUCAGAGACUCAGUUCAAAGCCUUACACUGCGAGCACAGGUGGGACGAACAGCGACCAUGAGACGCUUUGAGUCUUGGUGCGUCACUGCAACAUGGCCGCCCUGCUUCUGCGGACUGCUUGGAGAAGAGAGACUUUGUUUGCUAAUAUUAGAGCUUUGUAACAUAAUAUUUCUAUGUAGUUUUUUUUUUUACAGUAUAAAGAAAAUUUAAACUGCAGUAAUUUUGCAGUGAAUGUGCUAUUUUUGUGGUGCCACCAAUCCACAGGGAGGACGUCUUGGAUGGAUUGCUCAGAAGUCCAGCAGCAGACAACUUUUUUUUUAAAAGAACUAAAACACAAAUAAAAAGAUUCUUAGACAAAAAUAAAUGGAUGUUAGUGUCCAUACUAGCUGUAAGGGCUCUGUUGAGUUCAGGCCACUCUAUUAAAGGGACAAGAACACCAAUGCAAGACAAUAAACGAGAAAAGCAUCUGCACACUCCA